AUGAAGAGCGUCUACACAGCAAUCCCGUUGGCCCUGUUGGCUGCUGUCGCCCAGGCUGAGCUCCAUCUGUCUGGCCAACAUAAGCAAUCCCGCGAUGUGGGACUUGCCAGUGAUGGCGGCCAUGAUUUCCUAGGUGAUAGUAGUGAAGACGGGGAUUUCCUGGGCGAUACUCAUGAUCACGACUUCUUUGGCAACGGCUUCGAUCAUCCUAAAAAUAAUGGUCCUGAUACGUCUGAUUUCGAAUCAUCAUGGAAGAAUUCUGCCAUUGGUGGCCCGCAUAACUUCAAUCAGCAAAAUGGUGGUCCAUACACUGACUCAGGCCAUAACGAGAUUGAUGACGGUAUCAACAGUGACAAUAUUGUUAUUACCCAAGUGAGCAAUCAACAAGCGGAACAGGCCACUGAGGGCACAUACAUUACUCCGGAGCCAGACCAUCCCCAGGAUGCACCUUCGCCUCCUGCCGAGCACCAGCCUGAGCAACUGCCACCACAGCAACAUUCGGACCCUAAGCAGGCUGUUCCUGAGACUGUUCCUAGUGAGCCUGAGACUGUUCCUACUAAGCCUGAGACUCCGGUCGACACCUCUGAAGAUGGAGGGGAGCAGGAGCCGCCUUGUCCUGAAUCUGAAGACGGCACUCAUCACAUGCCAAUGCCAAUGCCAGAGGACAGUGAGGCCCCAGAUGCACCAAAAGAGACACCUAAGCCACAGCCAGAGGUCCCUAUUGAUCCCCAAAUUCCAGCAGGCAAGGGUAAUUCCUACCCGCCCCCUCAUCCUCCUGCGCAGCAAAGUCAUCCACAGCCGCAUGAGGACGCGGAGCCUUUCCCUGAAGAACACGAGCUGCCGGAGCCUGACCAUGAGAAGGAUCAAUACCAUGGCACAUAUCCUCCUCCCAAGAAGCCUCAAGAUGGCAUUGACUCGGCCCCUGUUCCCGAGGAACACGACCUUCCGGAGCCUGACCAUGAGAAGGAUCAUUAUCAUGGCGCAUACCCUCCUCCCAAGGAGCCUGAAGAUAACUUUGACUUGUCCCCUGUUCCUGAAGAACACGAAACCGAACCUGAGACUUACAAACCAUUCCCUCCUGGCCCCCAGUACGGAAAGCCCCAAUCUCACGGUCAUGUGACGCCUUCUUCGACAUUCAAAGCCCAGAUCAAGGCAUCUCAGGCUCCAUCAUCAGUGCACCAUGCUUCCUACCAAGCAUCGAUUCCUCCGUCUGUGUCCAUACCAGCCAAGCCCACGACGACCGCACCACCUCCAACUUUGAUUACCGCUCCUAGCAUCGCCCUAACUCCCACCCCAACUGUGCCAAGUCCUUUGUCGGUGCCCUCACCUUUCCUUGGUGGGGCUGGCUUCGUUGCUGCUCCUCAAGGCUUCACUUUGGCCGUCCUCGGAGCCUUGGCCUUCCUUCUAUGA